AUGGCUGACGCACCGGCCCCACCAUGGGCAGCGGUGUGGAUCGUGGAGGCGACUUUUCCGCAGCGUCUAAUCGAGCAUUUUGCUUACUGCAUGUGCAUACUCGCGUACUGCGGGUUUUUACUGCAGGUGCAUUGCCUGUCGGUCCAGCAGGAUCUGCACCUCACGGACGACGCUGCGAUUCUAGAUCUCAAACAGUAUGACGACGUGCUCGCGAACACAUGGGUCGACGCUUUGCAAGCAUUCGGUGCCCACUUCAUCGCGCACAUCCGUGCUGGAGGCCACCUGCGCGUACCGGAGAGCGAGGGGGACAGCAUUUUAGAUCCAUUCCCGGACUGCUCGCCCGACUCAGCUGCCUCCCGCGCGUCAGUUUCCCAGCUGGACGAGCUCGAGUGCAAGGCCAAGGAUGUCACGAGCUCCAAGUGUAGUUAUUCCGCCAUGAAGUCUACAGAGCUGCAGUUGGCUGCCACAGAGAUCGUAGCGGACUCAGGCUGCAAUCUCGAAAACGUAAUCUUUUGGAUCGACAAGUGUUGCAUCCCCCAGCAGCACUCGCUCAAGGGCUUCUGCAUCUCAAUGAUCGAGGAGUUCCUGGACCGCUGCGACGGGAUGGUCGCGCUCCUUACCUGGGAGUACUUCCAGCGACUGUGGUGCGUGCACGGGUGGGCUGCGUCCUUUGUGCGCCACCCUUUAGAGAACAUCGCGAUCUGCAUGGGUGCGCAGCACUACACCUCCGAGGCCAAUUUCGAGGCGCUGGCGCGGUGCAGUGCCAUCGCGCUGAUCGUCCGGGAGCCUCUGCCUCACGGCGCCGGCCCUGAGCGCCCCGGGCGCGACGCCCGGCGACGUGCUGGCCGCGUCGACGCCGCCCUCCUGUCGACCCCUUCGGAGUGGCUGGCCGGCGCCGCGCAGGGCAUCCAGGAGGCCUCGGAGUUCCUCGGGAGCCGCGACGGCCGCGGCGGCGCGGGCGCCCCCGGCAGGGAGCAGGCCCCCGCCGCCCGCUCGGCGGCCACCGGGGCCGGCGGGGCGGCCGCCACCACCACCAAGAGCGCGGCCGAGGUGGAGCAGGACCAGCUCGGCGUGACGACGAACUCCUCGGACGACACCAUCAAGCUCGGGGUCGCCCUCCUGUUCAACGUGCUCGUCACGGCCGCGAUCCUGCUCGCCGUCUGCUGCCUAUGGAGAGCGUACCCGCUCGUGUACUCGCACAGGAGUGCCGAGGUCCAGGCGCUUCCUCAACCACAAGAUUCGCUUGGCGGAUGGUUCUGGGCAAGCUUCAGUGUCACAAUGGAGCAGGCAACAGACGUUGCGGGCCUUGACGUUGCGAUGUUCGUCGAACUUUGCAAUUUCGGCAUGUACUUAACUGCUGCACUCGGAUUACCGAUUUGCGUAGUCAUGUGCCCUGUGUACUGCUACUAUGGAGGCUUGGAUAGCGAAGACACGCUCACACGAUACAGCAUGAACAACAUCGAGCGGGACAGCAGCCUCUACGGGUUCGUGGCAUUAUUGGUGUGGGUUGUAGUCGUCGUAGUGCAUCGUAUGAUCUGGACGGCACAGGAGAAGUUCAUUCCCAGACGCAUUGCUUGGCUUAAAGCGAUGCCAGAGCCACGCGCAACAACGUUACUAGUCACAGACAUCCCACGCCAGUAUUGUUCCGACACUGGGCUCAAGGAGUACUACGAAAAGCUCUUCCCGGGGGCCGUGCAGCGCGUGUACGUGGCCAAGAAGAUCGGGGAACUCGUGAGCCGGGCGGAAGAGUUGAAGUCUGCAGACCAGUGCCUCCACCAGGCGGUUCAUGAGUGGGAUAAAAGUGGCCGGCGUCCCGAUAAUCGACCAAGGAUGCUUGAGCCGUUGAGCAACAGGUGGACAGAUAAAAUUGAUUUCUACACACAUGCGAAGGUCGAGGCCGACGCCAGACUGCAAACGGAGCGGGACAGGGUGCAGAAGUCCAUGGACGGUGGCGACCAGUCGUUAUUUGCCAGUGAGGGCUUCGUGACGUUCAAAACACGCAGGGAUGCCGAGAUUGCGCGGCAGUUGCAGCUGGAGCACGAAGGGCAGCGGUUCCAGAUGUCGUACGCUCCAGAUCCUGACGACGUCCGCUACACCGAUCUUUUGCUUGAUUCCCAGCAGCAGAGAGUAUUGACUACCAUUGGAUACGGAUGCAUUGGGUUCGGAUAUUCUUCGCAUUUUUGCCAGUGGUCACCGCCUUGGCAUCAAUCACAAAUUUGA